AUGAGAAGGCCAGAUAGCAUUUUGAGGCAGAACCUGACGGAAAAUAACUUAAAUGCUGCCAAAGUAGCAUCUGACUUCUACCUUGGUGUCCGGUCUUCUGUACAUGCAGCAGAGCACAGCCGUUAUGACUUAAUUCGUUCCCCAAUAACAGUUGUAAAGUCCCAGCAGAAAUGCAUUGUGAUCUUUGCACUGGUUUGCUGCUUUGCAAUUCUGGUUGCGUUGAUAUUUUCGGCUGUGGAUAUAAUGGGAGAAGAUGAAGAUGGACUCUCAGAAAAGAACUGUCAAAAUAACUGUCGGAUUGCUCUUGUGGAAAAUAUUCCUGAAGGCAUAAACUAUUCAGAGAGUGCACCGUCUCAUUUGUCUCUUUUCCAAGGCUGGAUGAAUUUACUUAAUAUGGCUAAAAAAUCUGUUGACAUAGUAUCUUCCCAAUGGGAUCUCAGUCAUAAUCAUCCAUCUGCCUGCCAGGGGCAGCAUCUUUUUGAGAAAUUGCUAGAACUGUUGUCUCAGAAGAUUGAGAUCAAAUUAGUGAGUGAUGUUCUUCACAAGAAUUCAGACUUGUUGACUAAUUUGGGGAAAAAAGGUGCAGAAGUGAUGCAUGUAAACUUGACCGCUUACAACGAUGGACACUUGCAGUCCUCAUUUUGGAUUGUGGAUAAACGGCAUGUAUACAUUGGAAGUGCCAGUUUAGAAUGGAGUUCACUGGGACAGAUGAAAGAGCUUGGUGUCAUCGUAUACAACUGCAGCUGCCUUGUGUUAGAUUUACAAAGGAUAUUUGCCUUGUACAGCUCAUUAAAGUCCAAGAGCAAAGUCCCACCUAUGUGGUCUAAGAGAGUCCAUGCAGUCUAUAAUUCUACAAAUAAACUGACCCUCACACUAAAUGAAACCAACUCAGAAAUGUUUGUAUCGAAUUCUCCCAGGCUCCUUUGCCCUAAGGACAGGAUGUUGGAUACUGAUGCUAUCUAUAGUGUUGUAGAUGAUGCUGAACAGUUCAUCUAUAUAGCUGUUAUGGACUAUCUGCCCAUUAUCAAUGUCACAAAUGAGACAAGGUACUGGCCAUAUUUGGAUGGAAAGAUAAGAGAAGCUCUGAUUUUACGCAAUAUUAAAGUACGACUCCUCAUAAGUUGCUCAAAAGAAACAAAUCCACUCACAUUUAACUUUGUUUCAUCUCUUAAAGCAAUUUGCCUUAUGGGUUCUAGCUGUAAUUUAAAAGUUAAAUUCUUUGAUCUUGAAGAAGAAUGUGCUUUCACUUGUAAGGAUAACAAGAACUCCUCUGUUCUGAAGCUAAAUCGCAACAAAUACAUGGUAACUGAUAGAUCCGCUUAUAUUGGUAAUUUUGACUGGGUUGGGACCUAUUUCCAUCAGAAUGCUGGAGCUGGCCUUGUCAUCAAUCAAGCAGAUGCGGGGAACAAAACCGGCAUAAUCAAGCAACUUAAAGCUGUGUUUGAACGGGAUUGGCAUUCACAUUAUGCUAAAAGUUCACCAACGAAAAACUGUUCAGGCUACAAACAGAACAAAGCAGCAGCCAAUAAGACUGCCAUAACCAAUGUACAGUGAAGCCUGCUUUACUGGUUAGUUCAACUCAUUGAUAGUUAGAAUGGGAUUGAUACUGACCCUUCUUUCAUAUUUGUGGACAAUAGACUUUUUUU